UUAGUUUGAGGCAUGUUACUAACACAAGCCAAAUUAUGGCAACGGGGGCGUGGUAAGAAUAGUGGCUCCCUCUACCCAACAAUGCGAUGUUGCUGGACCGUUAUUUUAGUUCUAGUUAGACUUUAGAGUUGAGUUGCCGCAAUUUGGAUUGUGUGUAGGUGAAAUAUUAACAUGUACAAAACGAGAUUACAAAAGCUGAAAAAUGCUGUUAACAAAAUAAAUGCUGCUAAUGAAAUUACAUCUAAGACAAAACAACAAUUACUCGAAACCAAAUCAUGUGAUAAGUUGCAAAAUAACCUUAUAUUUCUUCCAAAAUAUGAAUCUACAAAAUGUCUAAAUAGAGAGGAACGUGAACAAGUGUUGGAUUCCAAACACGUGCUAUUGAAUGAUACGACUUUAAAUGAUUCCUCUGAAAGUGAACCUAAAACUAGCGGCAGCGAGUAUAUUCCAUCGUCUCAUUGUUCAGACAGUCCGCCAUCUAAGAAGAUACACGUUAUUCAAAAUAUCGUAAUUAGCGAAGGAAAUUUGAAUAUAUUAACUGAAAAUAAUCAAAGCGAUAAAAGUUUUGUUAUAAACAAGUAUCUUACAAGCCUCAACUACAGUGAAAGCCAAAAAAAACCUAUUGAUAUAAUAUCUAAUUGUAAUGAUGAAGAUUUAGCUGUUAGUGAAGGGUUAAUUUUAAACCACAAUGGAAAUAAAAUCGUUAACGUAACUGAAUUAUCUGAAAAUGUUUCUAAUUGCAAUAAUAAAGAUCUACCAGCAAGUGAUGGGUUAAAAACACACUAUGAGACAUCUGACAAAUUUAGUAACAAUAUCAAAAAUCGUGACAGUGGAGGUACAACAAACAGUUCUCAGCUUACUGAUAAUUCCAUAACGUACAGGAAAAAAAAUUGUCGGAAUGAAAUUGAAAUAAAUGCAGCAAUUAGAAAAAGUGGUAAAAGAAUCACCUUCACCUACUUCACCUGGCCGGCCGCCGCUGAUGCUAAGACAGUUUGGCAUAAAUAA